AUAGCGACCGAGUUAUCGGUGAAGCCACGGUAAUUCACAUGAAGUAACACAGAUAACGUCUUACAUGCACUCAAAAUGCCAGGCAUUGACUUUCUGCGGGUUGGUCUUCAGUGGUCUAAUCAUGUAAACUACAGGGCUGUUCAAAAGUUUAACCACAGUGAAGAGUCGUGAUAAUGAGUGUUACUUAACGUUUGUUAGCUUUCUCAAAUUCAGCGGUUUGUUUCAUAAACAACACGGGUAAUGGUGAAAACUUGUUUAAGAAUGAGCCAAAAGACAACAACACAAGAGCCAGGGAAAAACUCGAAGCUGUCGGGACAGGGAAGGGAUACUUUGAACCUACCAUCUCCCUCAGGAGAAGUACAGCUGAAAGUUGCCAUCCAAAGUCCUGAGACUGAGACAACCAACGUGAAACAGCUUCUAAACGAGUUCAUAGGACUUUACGAACAGAGGUUGAGAUGGCUGGAACUAGACCCCACUGUGACCCGGGAGGAGCUGCUUCAGAAGAAAGAGGAUUUCCUGCGAUCUUAUGUGAAUGACCUCACAGACCAGACCCAUGUGCUGGUUCAGACCAUUGAGGAUCUUCAGAUGGAAGCUUCCAAUAAGCUGGGAAUGAAGCUACACACCUCUGAUUGUAUCUUGGAUGACCUGAAUCAACAGAGGACAACCCUAGAGCUUAGACAUCAUCUUCAACAUCUGAGAUCAGACAUGAGCUCCAUUACACAAUUCAUCCAGAAAACUGGACACACACACAGCCUUGAAACCGAGGCCAAAAUGAUGACUUUGAGGAGCGAGCUCAGCGCCUUAUUUGAGAGAAGGAUGGAAGAGAAAGAGGCGAGGAUUAACCAACUCACCAAAGAGCUGAAUGGCAUGAAACAGAAGAUGAAAGCGAGAGAGGAACAUGUGAGGCACCUGAACCAGGAUGUGGUUGGUUUGCGAGCCACACAGGACUCUCUGAAGAGAACCUUGGCAGUGAAGGAGAAACACACACAACAGCUGGUCCAAGACAACUCACAACUCAAAGAAAGUCUGACCUCGCUGCAGAGCAAAUUACAAAUAAGUGAUUGCAUGUUGACUGACAUCACUGAGACCCCGGAUCAGACCAAAAGCAGUUUGAACAUGGAAAGACAGCAGAAACAGCAGAUCCAGGACCAGUUGCACCAUGGCAACAAAGAGGUAGAGCGUCUUCAGCAGGUACUGACGCACGUGCAUCGUACCACUGGAAAAAAGAUGCAGAAGAGGGAGAUGAAGAUAUGUGUGCUGCUGAAAGAGCUCACAGAGAGUAAGAAACAGCACUCUGAUUGUCAGAAAGAGUUGCUCCAAAGAGAAAAGGAUUUAGAGACACUUUACCAGGAGAGGGAUGAACUGAGAGCCAAGAUGGAGGACCAGAGCAAAAAGUGUGUCCAUCUAACCCUGACCAAAGAGAGACUGGAGGCUGACUUGGCUCUGAGCUAUGAAAAACUCUACAACUCGCACCUGGAGGUCAGAAGCAGAGAUCAGUUAAUUCUGCAGUUAAGAAAUGAAAUGAAGACAGCUGAACAAAAGUAUCAAGGGACACAGGAGCAGGUCGCUGCACUGGAGGGUGAGGUAAGAAGCCUGAACCACAAAGUCAGAGGACACCAGGAAGAGGCCUGUCAGUUAAGCAAAAAAUGUAGAGAUACAGAGCACCAUAAAGAUCAGAAGGAGAAAGAACAGCAGCAGCUACACAAUCAGCUCCAUAUUAGUCAGCAACAGAUUGAGACAUUUGAGGGGAAGCUAAAGAAACAAGAGGAUGAGAUGGAACUUCUUCAUCAGCAGCUGAAAGGAGCCAAUGAGCUGCUAAAAGAUGCCAAUUUGCAAGCCCAGGAGCAGAGAGAAACAGUUGCAAUUUUAAAACAGAAGUACACUGCAGCAAUAGAGAAGGUGCAUAGGGUGCAAGGUCAGGUGGAACUUUUAGAAGAGGAACUACAAUAUUCACAGCAACAGCUGGGAGAGUCUCAGUUAGCAACUCAUUCAGUGAAGAGAGAGCAAGCAGAGCUGGAGCAGCGGUACCAGGAAAAGGUUGGCCAAUGGGAGAGCUUGCAGGAGGCUCUUGAUCAGUUGGCAGAUGAGCUCCAGGCCAAUCAGAACCUACUCAGGAAGAGUCAGCGAAAACUGGACCACUUCAAAAGCCUGACAGGAUCCCUGCAGGAGCAUGUGGACACACUUAAGCAACAGGAACUGAUGUUGGAAUGUGACCUACGGCUUUAUCAACAGAGUCAUUCUCAUUCUGAUGAGGAGUACCUUAGCCUGUUAAGAGACAGACAGCAGCUACAGAAGUGCCGUGCUGAGCAGGAUGAGCGCAUUGUAGAGUUUGAGAAGGCUAUUCUUCAGAUGAAGUCAGACCUGGAGAGACAAACCCAGGAAAAAGCAAACUUGAAGCAAAGUCUUGCUGUAUCCCACCAUACACACCUGAGCAAUCGCAGCCAGCUGGAACAGGAAGUGACACAGCUGAAAAACAAAGUAACACAUUUAGAGCUUGAGCUGGCAGACACCCAAAAGGUACAUGUGGCGCUUCUCAGGCAGUCAGAGGAGGAGCUGAAGGAGGCCCGGCGGGAGGCUACAGGAAGGAGCAGGGAGGUGGAUGUACAGAGAGGAGAGGUGCAGAGGCUUCAGGAGGAGUUACAGAGGGAGGAGGAAAAGAUGAGGGGUGCCAUCAGAGAGAAACAGAGCCUGAGCACUUACAUCAGGCAGCUGAGCCAAGAGCUGGAGGAGUUACGGAGCAAACAUCAAGUGACAGUGGAGGAUUUGGCAGCCCAUGCAGAGGAAGCGAGGCGGAUGGAGGGGUGUCUGAAUGAGGGAAAGCUAGCAGAGGAGAAAAUAAGGUCAAUGGCUAUGAAGCUGGAGACAGAAGUGGCAGAGCUCAGGAAGAACCUUCAACAGGCUGUCAAUCAGAAACUCAAGGCAGAGAGAGUGAAACAAGAUGCACAGGACCAGGCAGAGACUCUCCGGUCAGAGUUGGAGGGGACACGGCCUGACAAUGCAAAACUUCGCCAUGAGAGCCAGCUACUCAUGACCAAUGUGAACCAAUGGAUUGCUGAACAAAAGGCUUACAACGAGAGCCUCACCGCCCAGAUGAAGGCCCAAAACAAGUUGCUGCUCAUUGUCACUGAGGAGAAACAACAUCUUCAGGAGGCUAAUGACACAUUGAAGGUGGAGGUAAAAAGACUGAAAGAAGUGGAGGAGAAGAAGGAGAGAGACAUGGAACGCUUCAAGGCCCAAAUUCGAGACCGGGGCGUCUGGCAAGAUGAGAGAUCCAUGGAAAAUCAGAGUUGUGUGGCUCUAAACCUCAGCAAAAUCGAGGAAAUGCAGACCAGACUGCGAAGCAACCUGGAGGCCAUCGGAAUGCUAAAUCAACAAUUAAACGCCCUCAGCGGGGAGAAUAAGCGGUUGCGCAGGCAGCUAGAGCAGGAGAGGUCCAUGCGUAGACAAGUGGAGCAACUGCUCCCUCCUCCUCCCACCUCCCAGCACUGCUCCACCAUCCACCUACCCGUCCCCUUCAGUGCCCGCCCACCUCCUCCCUCCACCUCCCUUCCCUCAUCUCUCCGCCUCCCUCACCCAGCCUCACGGGACACUGACGGGACUCUAACCCAAACCAAGAUGAGUGAAGCUGGGCUAGAGAAACCAGGUGAGUCCCAGGCUUUGUCUGAAGCGUUCUGGAUGAGGCCAGCUGCAGAGCGCUCUGUCUCCACCUCUCUGGAAGAUGCUUGGUCCGGGAGGACAAGCAGGGAUCUGACCAAAUGAAACUCCCUGAAGACUCCACCCUGUCAUGACUUCUUGACCUCCAGCUCUUCACCAGGGAGCGUAUUCAGUAUGAGGUUAAUGUCCUGCAGGUCAAAGUCAAGUCCCUGGGUGCUUUUUGCCUGAGGGGGGCUCCAGAACCAGCAGAUGAUGGAAUUCACUCAAAUCGUCAAAAGUCAACUAAAAAAUAUCUUUACUACUAUGCGAUGAAAAAAUUCAUACUGAGAAAAUGAUCACAGUUUUUGUAGCUCUAAAAUCUGACACCUUUUACUACUGCUGCAAGCAGUGCUAUCUUAGAACAUCACCAGUUAAUUCUCCAAAUAAUGAUCUUGUUUUGAGACAAAACUGAAAAUCUAAGCCCUAAAAUGUUUUUUGAAAUCUCAAGCAGUACUGAUGAACUAUAAUGAAUUCAAUUCAACCUAAAUCAGCAAGUGAGCAUAACAGAACAAGUGAUAACUGCAAAUGCUUAGUGUUGAUGAAUGUGUUUUACACUGGAGAUGAGUCUUGCUUUGGAUAAAUGUGGGAUGGUACAUCAUGAGUAUCCACAGACAUGCCUCAGAUGUUGAUGUGAAUGGCUGUAACACAGUCUGAUUGCGCUGCAGCUGUGCGCCAUGUGUCCUGCAUCUACUGUGGUGAAUGUGGCCGUGUGUCUUUAUAUGCAAGUACAUUAUGUGUCUGCGUGCUUCUGUCUCUCUGUAAGUGCCUGUGGGUGAGCAUGUGCUUAUGUGUGAUUGAGUAGAUAGGAUGUUUAUAUUGUAGAUGUUUUAUGUUUUGUUUUAUAGUUUAAAAACUAUUUGUUGAUUUUUCCAUGUUGCUGAGAACCAAUGUGGUGAUGACAGAAAAAAGAAAAAAAAAGAAAUAAAAUGAUAAUAUUUUAUUUCUGACAGUUGGAAGCUUGUAUCAACAGACUAGCAAAGCUACCUGUUAGUAUUGCAUAAUUCUCACAAUUGACUGGUGAGAAACACAAAGAUGUUGACACAGGUGACAUUGCUAUGCAGCAAAACUGUUAUCUAAAAUAAUCUAAAAUGGGUUUGAAGCAAUGGUGCACUCACACACGCACACAACACACACACACACACACGCGUUGUGUUGAACUGCCGUCUUUCCAUAUACAUCUACAGGUGACUCGUGUCUCUUUUAAAACGCUUAUAGUGGUUGCACAAGAGCACUGCUCAUUCGCGCAAACAAAAGCAAGGAAAAGAAGCAUGCAAAUAUCUGCACUUCAAAACAAGAGCACUGUUAUUCUGUGAUAAUUAAAAUUGUGAAGAGAGGUCUCAGACCACAGUUGGCUUCCUCAUCUUGCCAUUCUCUCUCACUGUCCCACCUGUCUCCCACACUCCCCCACCUGUCUUCUAAACCCUUUUCAUCAUUCAUUGGUUCUGUACAUACAUAGCUGUUGUAUAGCUGGUCAGGAUGUUGUACAUUUUAAUGAUUUUCCGCAGCACUGCAUGUCCUUGUUAGCUUGGUUUUCCUCAUCUGCCAUGUCACACUCAAAAAUACCUUUCUUUUAUGUGCAAACACACAUGCAUGCACCCACUCACACAUCCACACGCAUUUAUAUUCUUUCACAAAAACACACACACUUGCACAAACGGCACAGUCAUUAAAAAUGAAACCACAGGCUUUUUGAAAACUCCCAGGACUGAGGGAAAAGUCAGCAGCGCAGCGGUGAAAAAAGUCCCCCUGGAAACAAUGAGGAGAAUGAUCAUUUGUUGUUCUUGAAAACCCGGUGAGGUUUCACAGAGGUUAAGCUUCCCUUUGAUGUGUUUUUAACUCGUUUCAGCUCUGUGGAGGGAUUAGUCAGCCCCUCACACACACAAACACAAAUGCACACAUUCGCGCACACAAGCACAUACAGGCUCUUAAUUUCCACACCACUUUCUCUCACAAAGACGGAAAGCGCAGAACAGGCUCCUUCCUAACCUAAUUUCAUCAAAUGAGCGUGUGUGGUACUUCACUGCUGUAUGUGUGGUCCCCUGGAAAUCUGUGGUAAACCAGCAAAAUAUUGCAAGUCAGUAUUUUCUUUUUAUCCCAAAUUAGCGUCAGGCUGUUUUUGAACAGUGUGGGCCCUCAACCACGAGAGACAUGGAGUAAGAGAGGCAGAGUAGCUGUUGAUCAUCAUGGCACUCAUUACAGUGUUUACAAGGCAUUAUUUGAUCCUUAUUUCAAGAUACAAAUGGCUGGGGUGCUUGUGCCCAUGUGUUUGUGUGUGUGUAUGUGUGUGUGUGUGUUAUCAGCUCCAGUCUGGGCUUCCCUGUAGGUCUCUGUGUGGUUGCCCAUGCUAAUAAUCACACAAAAAGCUUGCGUUCAUAGUCCAUGUUGUAAGCAGCUCUGCAACAAAUACAGUUUGCAAAUGAUUUGUGUUUGUUUUAACCAUCUUGGAGUGGAGAGUGACCACACCAGGGUAAUUCACAAAGAUUUUUUGCAAAGAUAGUAAACA